CCCCAGGCCCGGCCUCCUGCGGUUACUGCGGGCCGCGGGCGGGACACUCCAAGAGGCAAGCUGGGAAGAAGAGCCUUGCCCUGCACUUCACAACCACGCGUGGAGAGCAGCUUCCUCUGUCUCGCGUUUGGCUCCCAGGCGCGCAGCGCUAAAUUUGGUGUACUUUCGGGUCCUUGUCGCCUUCCCAGCUGCUUCGGCCUCCCUGGCCCCGGACCCUGAGCUCCUGCGUCCCGGCGGAUGUCCUGAGUCGCCACCCGCCGGCUCCGCGCGCCCUGGGGCCGCGGCUGCUUGGGGAAGUCGGGGCGCGCGCGCCGGGUAUGCACCGUCAGCAUGGGCUCGUGGCUCGGCGAGGUGCAGUGGCUCUUCCUGGUGUCGCUCUUCGUCGCGGCCCUGGGCACCGUGGGCCUGUACUUGGCGCAGUGGGCGCUAGCCAAGGCGCGACCCCCAUCCCGGCGGCGGCGGGCGGAGCCGGAUGAGCUAAGGCGCCGGGAGUCGGACACAUUCCUUUCCUGGAUACUGACGCGGGAUAGCUGGGGGAACCAGUGGCAGGCGGCCUGGGUGACCGCCCUGAACUAUGAGGCCGAAAAGAGAGGGGGUCCACUGCAUCUCUCUUUCCAGAAGGACCCACAGCCACAGUCCUUGCAGCUGACAGUCGGGGAGGUAUCCAGUGUGGUCAAGUCAACCCAGGAGAAGAUGGUGAUUUGUCAUGUGGUGGGCGAGACUCUCCAGUUCUUGGUCAGUGCAGGGCCUGCCUCCACCACAGGCUCGGAAUGCCAGCUGUAUGAUGUCCAGCUUUCCCCAUUUCAUUUAAAGGUGGAAUUCCACAUGGAAGAGAAGAGAGAGGACAUCCAAAUCAAGUGGUCUUUCACCCGUGUACCAGAAACAGCCAUCAAGAUCCAGCCCCGUGUCCCAGGGGAGAAGCAGGUUCUCGGGGUAAACAUGCUUUCUGAAGCCCUUGAGGAUCUUUUCAAGCACCUAGUUAGAGCUGCCUCUCCAUCUGUUUUUCUGAGCACCAAGCCCAUGCAGGUCAAAGAAACUCAGACUCUACAGUGCCCUUCCUCCACUGCUCAGGAACCCUGCCCUCCCAAACCUCCAAGGGCUCAUGAAUUAAAAUUGCAGGUGAAGAAUAUCAGAGUUUCCCUGAUAAACCACCCUGGUGCUUCAGGCAUUAGCCAUGUGUGUGUGGCCCAGCUGAAUGAUCCUGCACAGAGAUUCAUCAGCACCCUAGUGAGAAACACUACUGACCUCAGUUGGGAGGAGGAAUUCACCUUUGAACUGAAUGCCAAAUCCAAGGAGCUGUUCCUGCAGAUCUCACAGCAUGAGUGUUCCUCAGAAGGUCUUUUGGGGAUAGCAAUCAUUCACCUGGACUUAUUUAGGAAGCAGCCUAAUGGCCCACAGACCUUCAGACUGAUCAGUGGAACAGAGCCUGACAGCUUGGUGUUGGGCUCAGUCACCGCAGAGUUUUCUUACGUAGAACCUGGUGAGCUGAAGUCCUGGCCAGCUCCUCCCCCUGUUUCUUCUGCAAAGAUAGAAAAGGACCGCACAGUGAUGCCAUGUGGGACUGUGGUCACCACUGUCACUGCUGUGAAGACCAAACCUCGAUUUGACACUGGGAGGGCAUCUCCACUGAGCUCAGAGUCCCCUGUGAGGACACCCGUCAAAGUGAAGGUCAUUGAGAAGGAUAUCUCUGUCCAGGCCAUUUCGUGCCACAGUGCCCCCGUCAGCAAGACAUUCUCCUCUUCAGACACAGAACUGUUGGUGCUGAAUAGCUCAGAUCCUGUGGCUGAAGUUGCCAUUCGGCAGCUCAGUGAAUCCUCAAAGCUGAAACUGAAGUCCCCACGGAAGAAAAGCACCAUCAUAAUUUCAGGGAUCUCCAAGACCUCACUAUCUCAGGACCACAAUGCUGCCCUCAUGCUGAACUAUGCAGCUUCUAUGGACAGCAGCAGCCAGGGAGAUGCUGCUUCUGCUUUGUGCCAUCCAGAGGCAGCUGAAGCCUCUGCCACCACCCCACCUGAAGAAAAUGAGCCAGCCCAGACCCUACCUGCCCUCAAGCCAAAAGAGAAUGAUCUAGAUUCCUGGGACUUGGAGAAGGAGUCUCCAGUAGCAUCAUGGAGUGGGCCGGCCUUGCAGGAGCCUGAUGGGGAUGAACUGUCCGAGAGCUCCCUGAGUACUUCAGAGCUAGGAGCUAUCAAGAAGCAUAAAGAAGGAAUCCUAAGGAAAGGCGCUAAGCUCUUCUUCCACCGGCGACACCAAAAGAAAGACCCAGGCUUGAGCCAGUCACACAAUGAUCUGGUAUUCCUGCAGCAGCCAGAGGGAAGGCAGAAGAAGGGGGCUACCCUCGGCCGGCUCCUGAACAGAAAGCUGCUUACGAGGCACAGAGGCAAACACACCAUGAAUGGAGCACCCAGAGAACCCUACAUAUAGCACAAGUCGCCCCCUCUCCUCACAGCUGGAAGAUGGGGAAGAUGAAGGCCCUCACCAGAGCAGAAGGAACCAGUACCAUCAGAUGCCUGCUUAUCUAGCUUGGUUCCCCGCCCCCGCCCCCAAAUAGUCUUAUCUUCUAAAGGGAAAAAACAAUCUGUGUGUAUGGCUUGGAAGCUUCCCCUGAGAGGACUGAUGACACAGUCCAGUUUGCUGGCUCCAGCUUCACUAUGCCAGAUAAGCGCUGAGGGGGAAUAUAAGAAGGAGACUUGUAUCAUUGAAGACAUGUGUGAUCUGAUGGUCUGCGGAUGGUAGGCAGGAGGGAUCCCAGUCCACCUACUUCUUCCUCUUUCCUGAAGGAAUUUUAGGGUUCAUAUCUGGACCAUGUCAUGAGGAAGAGGUGUCUCUCUGGGCUGUUGCUAUGAGCAGGAUGGGCUACCUCAUCUAACUUGUUAUUUAGAAUUAAAAAGUACACCUGGUCCUGGGGACAGGGGUAUGGAUAUAGUCAGGAAUUUUGACCCAUGGGGAAAAAAAAAACAGGAAAAGAUGUACUUUGACAACUGUGAGGUAUUCACCUUUGAUAUUAGCCAUAGAAAUUAAAAAUGUAUGCAAACACUAAGUGUGUUCUAUACAGAUUGUGCCAGACACUUCCAGAUUUCUUCUAGCCUGCUUGCAAGUGGAGGUGUAGAAAUUCAGAUGUGUUUCUUUGUUUCUUAUGUCAGGGGCUCUGUUUUUUUCCAAAGUCAAAUAUGCUGAGGCUGAUAUCAGGAGCAGUGAAUUACAGCUUAAAGGACAUGACCACACACACACAUACACAGUUCUUGCCAAAUAUAGCUAACAGCUAAAACAAAGAACUUUUAGGGCAACUGAGGAAAUUACUCUGUAUCUCAGGUGCCAGUUAGUCUUACUUGUAGAAGUUCUAUAACAAUGGCCCAAACACGCAGGAAUUCUUUUUAUGGGAUCUUCAGAAUUUUACCGUGAACAGAGACUUCUGGUCACAUUUUAGGGUAUUCUGGUUUUGGUUUACUUUGGGAAAAUUAUAAAGUCCAUACCUGGCUACAAUUAUAAAGUCCAUAAGGUGCUGUCCUAAUCUGUGUGCUUGGCACUGUGGGUUCACUGGGUCUCAGAACCCUUCAGAGCCAUUGUCUUUGGGUUAGGGUGUCCAUUUUCUUCCCAUAUCAGUGGAAAAGCUGACAGUAAAACCUAUGAGCUCUGUCACCAGUAUGAAAUCAGGAAGCUCCUUCUGGCAUCUUCUGUUAAUUAGAAACAUAUAUUUCAGGGGCAAAGUCACUGUUGACCAAAAAUGUUUAGUUUAUGAUAGCCAACAUUAUAGGAAAAUGUUUUUUAUUUUUUCUUGUUUUAGCAAGAAAGAUUUAUAAACUACAUUUAGAACCCUUUUCCUUCUUUCUAUUCUUUUCCUCAGUUCUUGGGAUUGAAACUGUAUCUUUUUGCACACUAGACAAGCCCUUGUACACUGAACUAUUUCUCUGGCCCUCUUUUCACUUUUGGUCAUUGUAAACAUCAGGGUUUUACUGCUAUGAACAGACACCAUAACCAAGGCAACUUUUUUUUUUUUUUUUUUUUUUGGAUUUGGUUUUUUAGAGACAGGGUUUCUCUGUAUAGCCCUGGCUGUCCUGGAACUCACUCUGUAGACCAGGCUGGCCUCGAACUCAGAAAUCCGCCUGCCUCUGCCUCCCAGAGUGCUGGGAUUACAGGCGUGCACCACCACUGCCCGUCCCAAGGCAACUCUUAUAUAGGACAACAUUUAUUUGGUGCUGGCUUACAGGUUCAGAGGUUCAGUCCAUUAGCAUCAAGGCGGGAGCAUGGCAGCACCCAGGAAGGCAUGGCACUGGAGGAGCUGAGAGGUCUACAUCUCGCUCAGAAGUCAGCUAGGAAAAUACUGGCUCUUUUUGCACUGGGCAGAGCUUCAAAACCCAUACCCACAGUGAUGCACUUCCUCCAACAAGGCCACACCUCCAAAUAGUGCCACUCUCUGGGCCAAACAUAUUCAGACCUCCACAAUUAUCAUCAUCAUCAUAAUUAUUGUCAUUAUCAAGCUAAGGUUUUACUAAGUUGUUGCCUGGGCUGCCCUGUAAUUCAUUCUGAAGCCCAAACAUAUCUUGAAACUCUGAUUCUCCUGCCUUUGUCUCAAGUUGCUGUGAGUACAGGUCUGAGUCACUGGGCCCAGUGAACUUUACUUUCAAAUAAACAUUUGAAAAUUUUUGAUGCUUGUAGUGGUACAGGCCUGUGAUCCUAGCACUUAGAAGGUGGACAGAUGAGAAUGUUAAGCUUCCACUUCAGCCUGGGCUACAGGAGACCCCCUUCUCAAAACAACAACAAAAAUAGAAGAAAAAACCCUCUGGAGUAGUUCUCAGAUGACUUUGAAGAGAUGUUUUAAACAUGCUUUGUCUUUAAAAAUCACCAAAUGUUAUUCACUACAAAGUUCUAGAAUGAUCUAUCAAUACUAAGUUGGUUCCCAAAGCUAGUCAUCCUCACUACUUUUUGGGAAUGGAAGUGAUUUAAGUGUUGUGCUUUACUUGAAGUAUUGUUACUCCAUACAGUGUGCAGAAUUGUGCUCCACAGCUGUCAGUUCCCAGAGACUACAGGUGCCAGGAAUUCUGAUUCCGAUGCUGUAUUUUCAUUGUGGGGCAGUAGCCCUCACCCAAUAUACCUGGGGCCAAAAGUGUUUCAGACUUAUUUUGGAUCUGGGGUAUCUCGAUAAGACUUUACCGUCUGAACAUCCCUGCAUCCCAAAAUAUAAAAAUUUCAGAAAUGUGAA